AUGGGACAGUCAGACGAGGAGUUUGAGGGACUGCAUGAGGGGGUGGGGUCGAGGGAUAUGAUGGGGUCCCCGCGAGGGGCCUGGGGUCUCAGAGAGAGAAGAGAACUCUUGGAAGGGGACCAGGGCUCGCAAUCCUGCAGGGGUCCGAAAUCUGCAGAGCCAGCCCUCAGGGCGCGCCGGCGCCCCCCCACCCAUGUCACCCCCGCCCCCCAACUGCGGCGCAGGCGCCAACACAACCUGCUUCUGCUCUGCUCGCGUUCCCGCUCCCGCUCGGCGGAGACUGCGGACGGAGAGGGACCCAGGAUGCCAAGCUGCGAGCGUCCCUGUGGCUGCAGCCGAGGCCCCAACGUGGAAGAUGGCAAGUGGUAUGGGGUCCGCUCCUAUCUGCACCUCUUCUACGAGGACUGUGCAGGUACCCCCCUCAGCGAUGACCCUGAGGGGCCUCCUGUACUGUGCCGUCACCGACGUUGGCCCUCACUGUGCUGGAAGAUCAGCUUAUCCUCAGGUACCCUGCUUCUGCUACUGGGUUUGGCAGCCCUGACCACUGGCUAUGCAGUGCCCCCCAAGUUGGAGGGCAUCGGAGAGGGCGAGUUCCUGGUGUUGGAUCAGCGGGCAGCCGACUACAACAAGGCCCUGGGCACCUGCCGCCUGGCAGGCACAGUGCUCUGCGGGGCAGCUGGGAUCUUGCUGGCCAUCUGCAUGUUCUGGGCCACGACUGGUUGGCUGAGCCAGGACCCCAAGGCAGAACCCUUGGACACUGAAACCGAUGGCCACAUGGAGGUCUUCGGGGAUGAGCUGGAGCAGCAGUUGUCCCCCAUUUUCCAUGACGCCAGUGGCCGGUCUUGGUUCUCACCACCCGCCAGCCACUUUGGGCAAUCCUCUGUGCAGACCAUCCAGCCCAAGAGAGACUUUUGA